AUGCCCGUCCAGCAACACGUCCUCAACUGGCUGUACAGCGUGCUCACCAGUGAAUAUCACGAUGUGAACCGCACAUACAGCGAUGUCGCGCGCGUCCUGAGCCGCUUCAGCACCCUGUCGCCACGGACCGAUGUACACACAUUCCCCAACGGCGCCAGCGCAUUGCUCCUGCACAUUUCGGGCACGAUACCGGUCAUAUUCCGCGCAAACACGUAUCGCUUCCCGAUAUCGAUAUGGGUUCCCCACGCGUACCCCCGCGAGCCUCCCCUUAUCUACGUAACCCCGACCGAGACCAUGAUGGUGCGCCCCGGACAGCACGUCGACCCUCAGGGCCAGGUCUACCAUCCAUACCUCGUGCGAUGGACCGAGUUUUGGGAUAAAUCGACCAUCGAGGAUUUCCUCAUGGUCCUGUCCGACGUUUUUGCCAAGGAACCGCCAGUCAUCUCCAGGCAGGCGCAGCGCCCGACGACCGACGCUCGACCGACGCCGACGCCUCCCCCCGUGCCUCCGCUGCCGCCGGAGAUGGCACCACCGACGCCUCAGACGCAGCCUCGGCCGAGCCCCGGCGAAUCCCAGCCGCCUCCACCGCCCCCGAAGCCUCACCAAGAGCCUCGUUCACCGCAGUCUCCGCCAUACCGCGGCCCGCCAGUUACCGGCUCGACGCAAUCCCCAACACCAUCGCGAUACGACUCUGCGCCCCCUCUUCCUUCGCAAUUCCAGAGCGUGGGACCUGCUGGCCGCCGCCCGCAACCACCGCCGCCUCUGGAGCAGCAAUCGCAUCAGUCGCAACCUCAGCACUUUGCUAGACCAACAAUGCCUCCUCACCCAAAUCCGCCAUCAGUACCAGACCAACGAACACAAGCGCCGCCGUAUGCGCAGCAGAAUCCCCCAGCAUAUCCAGCACAUGCGCAGUGGCAGCGAGCCCCAGCAUGGAAUGGGACGGCACUUCCGCAGCCGCCCCCGCCCGCACCCCCGCUGCCGAACAUCCUCGACGAGCCAUUGACUCUCGAAAUACCCCCGCAGUCCACUGUAACGGCUCCUCCCAUACCGCCAAACCCGGAAAAGGACGCGCUGCUGAGGCAGCUGGCGCAGACGCUGGCCUCGAUCCGGCAGCGCAGCCGGCAGCAGAACGAGUCAAGCCUGGCGGGGCUCAAGGCUCAGCGGAUCGCGAUGCAGGCAGCGGUGCCGGCCCUGCAGUCGGAAAUGAGCCAGCUGACGCAGCUAUCCAACGUGCUGGCGUCCAAUACCAAUAUCCUCCAUGAAGCUUUGCGCAAGGCGGACGGCGUCAUUGAAGGAUCCAAGAACCACCCGGCGCCGGACAUUGACGAGCUGUUGGUGGCUCCGACGGUGGUGUCGAAUCAGCUCUACAACUUGGUGGCGGAGGAACGCGCGCUCGGGGAUGCCAUAUUCAUGCUAGGGCGUGCCGUGGAGCGCGGGCGCAUCUCUCCCGUCGUGUUUGCCAAGAUGACAAGGUCCCUCGCGCGGGAGUGGUACCUAAAGAAGGCGUUGGUGCGGAAGAUUGGGCAGGGCAUGGGCAUGUCAUCGUAA